ACACUCUUUUCUGUGCCCUCAAAACGAAAGUAGGUUGCAGCAUAUCAACAUAUCGACGUGUACAACAGAUUUGGACGUAUGGAAUGUGUUUGGGAGAGGUGGAAUGGAGGCCAAACUUGCCGAGUAUCGAGCAAGGAAAGCAAAAGAAACUGCUAGACAAGAUGGCAGUCAAUCUGGUCUGAUCUCUAACUUACUGCGAAGAAAUAAGACGACCGGGAGUGACAAUCCUCAAUCUAAAUCUGAAUCUCAAAAUGAUAAAACUUCAGCAACUAUGUCAACUAAAGAUGACCAGCAGAAUCAGCAGCAGCAGCAGCAACAGCAGCAGGAAGUUAUUGAGGAGGAAGUUCCAGAGCCUAGAGUAUGGGAUAAAUUAACAAUACUAGAGUUUGGUCUGAAAUGUGUGUUAUGGCUGGCCCUGUGGGGACUGUUCGUAGAGAUCCAGUUUGGCGCUGUUUUCGUUUUGUUGUCAGCCUUAUUUUUUCUCUACAGAAGCUUAAGUAAUAGGAAAAGGAAGAAAAACAAAUUAAGUGCCUAUUCAGUGUUUAAUCCAAAUUUUGAAAGGCUCGAUGGAACAUUUACUGCAGAGCAGUUUGAACAGGAGUUACGUUAUGGUCCAAGUUCAGUCAGGUGAUAGGAUACUUAACAGAUCUGAACAUUUAUUUUGUUUAAUUUCAUUAACUGUGUUAAGAUUUUAAUUUCUGUACUUAUUGUCACAAAUAUUUUUAGUAUUUGUACAAAACUGUAUAAUAUAUUACAAUUGCUAACAAAUAUGAUGCUUUACAGCUGAAUUUACUUUGAUCACAGGCUUCUGCUUCUGCAUAAGAUGUAUAUUAGCCCUACUCUUGUAGUGGAACUGGACCGGGUCGAUAUUCGGCGACCAGAUAGCUCAAUUGGUAGAGCAUCCGGCUAUUGUUGGAGGUCCCAGGUUCUAAUCCCAGUCUGUUAAGCCUUGCAUUUUUCACUCCUACUACAUUUGGUGCCGUGACAAGGAUCUUGUUUCAAGUGAGGUGAAUAAUUGGCAAGGGGAUACCCGAACCUGGGUUGUGUAGUUCUUAGGUCUUUGGGGGUCAAAGACUUUAAAAAGGAGGGAAGAAUGUAGCGGAACUGGACCGGGUCGAUCGUCGGCGACCAGGUAGCUCAAUAAGUAGAGCAUCUGGCUAGUGUUUAGAGGUCCCAGGUUUGAACCCCGGUCUGGCCGUGCAUUUUCCCACUCCUACUACACUCCUAUUAUAUCAACAAGGUGUAACAUUUGAGGAUCGUAAUUACCUAGAUUCUGUCCUUCAAAUGACUUAUACUGUUCAGUGAGGCACAGGUAUGUAGUUAUAAAUUGAAAAAAACUAAUAAUCAAAUAUCUUGUACAGGUCUUUAAAGAACAUUUUCUAUUGUAUACAUGUACUAGAUAUUUUAUUAUCAAUGAUUCUAUUUUAACUACUAAUGCCUGUGUAUUAGGCAGGAAGCUUUUUCAAAUAAAUCAUUUUGAGUUUAAUAUGACCCAUAUUCAAGAUCAGUAUAGGUACCACAGUUCAAUUUGUUUAAAAUAGAUGGUUUAAAAAACAGAAACAGGAGGCGUAUUCUUAUAAAAGUUAAUCUUUAUAAUUAACUUGCAGGUGUGUGUAAAGAGUGUAUCAAGUUUGUUGAAAUUGUUAAAAAAAAAGUAUUUAUAUAAACUAAAGAAGCAAUGACAGAACACAAGAUAGAAAAUUUCAGAAGUAUUCCGACUUGAUUACCAGCUCAGGGUUUUCUGGAAUAGCAUUUUAAAUGAGAUGUGCUGAUAUGUGGAUGUUUACAAUUUAGAUACUGUUAUUAUAAAUGUCUCAUUCAAUAAUGUAUAUACCACAUGAUCUGUAGCAUUGAUUGUAUAUAUAUUGUAUAGUAUUUAUUUUUCAGUUAUGUAUUUAUGUGUUGGAGUUUAAUCUAGAAGGCAUUAUCAGCUGAUAUAUUCUAGAGAUCUGAAUACAGUUGUAUUUUCUGUUUUCAGUUAAGAAUAAAAUUCCAGUAGAUAUUAUUAAUAUUUUGGGUUGCUUUUUAUCAUUUUUUUUUUUUCAUUCUAGGAUCAGUGAAGAUUACAUUUUAAAUCAUAGACUGUUAAAUACUGCUGUCAAUCUAAUAUAUAUUCAUUUACAGGGACUUGCCAAAAGUUCCCAGUCCAUGGUCCAUAGAUAUAGCCCUUUUGUUAGAAUUGAUGCCAAGUCACUGUGCAUUUACCAUAUUUAUCCGGAAAUAAGCCCCCUUCCCCCCUAGUGUAACAGUCUUGUACUGUAUUUAUCCUCAAAUAAGCCCCUUUCCCGCCUAGUAUAACAGUUUAGUACGAUAUUCAUGUUCAAAAUGACGAAGUUUGAAGUUAAUGAAUUAAUGCUAAUGUUUAUGUUGACCUAGCUUCAUUAUUAUAAAAUUCUUGCAUUGAUCUUUCAAGCAAUAUUAACUGAUUAUUAAUAUGGAAACAAGGGUAAAAAUAAAAACGUUGUAAAUAAUGUA